AUGUCUUCAAAGAUCGGACUCCGUCUCUUCCAGAAUUCAAGGGCUGCUUUUCAGAAUGCCACCGCUCGUUUCAGAGCGCAGGCACUCCGGGCGAGGCGAUUCCAAAGCACUGAAGCCGGAGCAGCACAGCAGAGCUUCCUGCAGCGAUCAUGGAACAGCCCCAUUGGAAUCAAGACCGUCCAUUUCUGGGCACCUGUUAUGAAGUGGGUUCUCGUUUUGGCCGGGCUUUCUGAUAUGGCCAGACCUGCCGAGAAACUUUCCCUGACUCAAAACGGUGCUUUGAUGGCAACCGGAGCAAUCUGGACUAGAUGGUGUCUUAUCAUCAAACCUAGAAACGUCCUCCUUGCAACCGUCAACUUUUUUGUUGGCUGUGUUGGCCUUACACAAGUCACCCGAAUCUUCCUCUACAGGCGGUCUCAAGACGGUUCAGCUAAAGAGGCCGUCAAGGAUAUGACCCAUGAGGCAACAGAUUCUGCAAAAGCAGCUAUUCACAAGGCAGAGGAGGCUGUGAAAAAGCACUAG